GGAAGACGCGGAGAGCUGCGAGCGCGUGCGAUGGAUAACCACGGCCUGGAGGAGUUCCGCCGGCGCUGGCAGGAGGAGCUGGCACAGGCCCAGGCGCUGAAGAAGCGGCGGCGGCCCGAGAAUGCCGAGCGGCGGCCGCGCCGGCCCGAGUUAGUCCCCGGGCGCGGCGAGCAGGCCUCGGGGUACCUGGCACUGGCCCAGGGCCUUCUGGAGGGCGCGGGGCGACCCCCGGCAGCGCGGGCCACCCGGGCUGAGAGGCAGGACGCGGCGAGUCGUUCUCGCUCCCCUCAGGCCCGCGAGGACACCGGGGGAGGAGACCAGCUGGUGGACCAGCUCAUCCGCGACCUGAAUGAAAUGGAUGAUGUGCCCUUCUUUGAUGUCCAACUGCCUUACGAAUUGGCAAUUAAUAUAUUUCAGUACCUGAGUAGGAAGGAUCUCGGAAGGUGUGCACAGGUGAGUAAGACGUGGAAGGUGAUUGCAGAAGAUGAAGUGCUGUGGUACAGACUGUGCCAGCAGGAAGGGCACCUUCCCGAGAGCAGCAUCUCUGAUUAUUCUUGCUGGAAGCUCAUCUUCCAAGAGUGCCGAGCCAAGGAACACAUGUUAAGGACCAACUGGAAGAAUCGCAAAGGUGCUGUGAGUGAGCUGGAACAUAUUCCUGAUGCAGUUUUAUGUGAUGUACAUUCUCAUAAUGGAGUGGUCAUUGCUGGGUAUACAUCAGGGGACGUAAGGGUGUGGGACACCCGCACCUGGGACUACAUAGCCCCCUUCCUGGAAUCAGAGUAUGAGGAGGACGAGCUUGGAAUGCAGCCAUAUGUCUCCUUUGUGAGGAUAAACAGCUCACUGGCGGUAGCGGCUUAUGAGGAUGGAAUUCUUAACAUUUGGGAUCUAAGGACUGGAAGGUAUCCUAUUCAUCGUUUUGAGCACGACGCAAGAAUACAGGCACUGGCCCUCAGCCAGGAAGAUGCAACUGUCGCCACAGCUUCUGCCUUUGAUGUCAUAAUGUUAUGCCCUAAUGAAGAAGGAUAUUGGCACAUAGCUGCAGAAUUUGAAGUUCAGAAACUGGUUGACUACCUUGAAAUAGUUCCAGAUACUGGAAGGUACCCUGUGGCAAUAGCCACUGCUGGAGAUCUGGUCUACCUGCUAAAAGCUGAAGACUCUGCCAGAACCCUUCAUUACGUCUACGGCCAGCCUGUCACAUGCCUUGAUGUCUCAGCCAACCAGGUUGCUUUUGGUGUGAAGAGUUUGGGAUGGGUGUACGAAGGAAACAAGAUCCUGGUGUGCAGCUUGGAAGCAGAACGCUGCAUCUCGAAGCUGGGUAAUGCGCUUGGUGACUUCACAUGUGUCAACCUCCAAGACAGUCCUCCCAACCUCAUGAUCAGUGGCAACAUGGACAGGAGGGUGAGGAUCCAUGACCUCCGCACUGACAAAAUCGCCCUGUCGCUCUCUGCUCACCAACUUGGCGUCUCCUCAGUCCAGAUGGAUGACUGGAAGAUUGUCAGCGGAGGCGAGGAGGGCCUUGUCACUGUGUGGGAUUAUCGGAUGAAUCAAAAGCUGUGGGAGGUGCAUUCCCGGCACCCCGUUCGUCACAUUGCCUUUAAUAGCCACAGCCUCAUCACGGCCAACGUACCUUAUGAGAGGGUGGUGCGCAAUGCCGACCUGGACAACUUCACCACUCACAGGAGGCACCGGGGGCUGAUCCACGCCUACGAGUUUGCAGUGGACCAGCUGGCCUUCCAGAGCACUCUGCCCAUCUGCCGCUUGUCCUAUGACACCAUGGCUGGCUACAACUAUGACCUCGCGCUCACCUUUCCCUACGACACUAUUAGGGAGUGACCUCAGUUGGGAGCAGGGAGAAAAGGAGAAGAACCAAUUUUAUGAAGGAAUGGGGCACUGGGCUAUAAACGUUGGGGGAAGAAAGCAACCCCAGGGUGACACCACAUCUUCCUGCCUUGCCUUCGCCUGUCCCCUCUGCCAGGUCAUUCUUUAAACCGAGUUUGUCAUGGUGUGUUUCCUCUUAUCCUGUUCUCUCCAUGCAUCCUCUCACUUCUGGCUUUUCUAUUUCCUCCUUUCUGCACAACCCCCAAAUGUGACCUCUCCUCCCGACCUGGUCUGAGGCAGUGACAGCACCACUGCCCUGCACAAGCCAGUGCUGGGAUCACCACACUCCCAGACGCCUCGCAUAUCUAUCUCCCUGCAUCAUCGUACACAUGACGAGAAACUACACCUCUUCAGACAAGGCCAGAAUCACUACGGCCCUGCUGGCCAUCCUUCCACUCUCCAAACUCCUUUCUCUUUCAGGGUCUCUUGGCCUGUGAGCCACAGGCAUCUCCCUGUCCUUGGGAUCUCAGCUCGGCUCUUUACUCAGGGUGGCCUUCUUUGACCCCCACCCCUAGUAAAUCUGCUACAGCAGUAUUUUUUCUUCACAGUGAUUACCAUGGUUUGUAAUUAUAUAUAAUUAUGUCAUUAAUGCUUAGUCUUGGGUCCAUACGAUGUGAUACAAUGUAGAUACUUUCUAAAUAUUGGUUGACUAAACCCCAUCCUCCACGUGGAAUGGACAGUGGUUCGCCAGUAGAGAAUGAGUGAGAAGAGGGGAAGUUAUAGGGGGGAACCAUUAUCUGAAACCGCUAAGAUAAAACAGGACAACACAGGAGAACUGUUCAGUUUGGUAAGUAAAUUCCACCUCUAAAGUAUGACGAGCACAAGCUGCUGCAUUACUGUUGAUUUAGAUUUGUUCUAAGCUGCAGCUUCCACCUAAUAAGCCUUCAGAAUAUCAAAGCAAAAACAGAACUACAAAAAAAAAAAUCCAUCCUCACAGUGGGUGGUCAACACCUCAAAUCAGUAAAAAACUUAGGGCUAUGCAGGGCUUGCCUAAUACAUCAACAAGCUUGAACCAACGGAUGUGUACAGAAUUUUGGAUUUCAUAUAUCUGUAGACCAUACACAAAUGACCAGGUACAAAGGCCACAAAGACUGAUGCCACACUGCCAAAUCUAGCGACCCCCAGCCCCGUGAAAUUAGAAAUCAACAAAAAGCAAAAAAACUGUAAUAGGAAAACAUACACCUGGAAAUUCCAAACACUUCUGAAUUAACUUGGGUUUAAAGAGAGAAAUAAAAACAAACUAUAAACAGCUCGAGACCUGAAUGACAGUGUGAGCACAGAAUAUUACAACCCUUGGCCUGCAGCCAGAAUGAGACCCAGAGAAGUCCUGGCUUUAAUAGAAACCAGGACAAAGUGAGAAUAAAAUGAAUUGAGCUGCCCCUCAGAAAGCUUAAAAAACCAAGGAUAAAACCAUGUAUUAUUAAUGAAAUAGAAAACCAACACAUAGUAAAAAUCUUUACAACCUUCCGAAAAGACAAAAUAGGUAACUCUUGAUAAAGAAAAAAGGUGCAAGGGACCAUCAGAAACAAAAAAGGAGAUAACUGGGGAUACAGAGUAAGUGCUUUCAAUCUUUCAGUGUGGGGAAUCACGUGCCCACCUGAUCCAGGAGAAAAGCUAAGCCUCCCUAUGGGAAGGGCUUGCCAUUACUCAAAGGCCCAGAACUUUGGAGUUGUGAAGGUUUCAGAAGGUUUUUCAGAUUGCUUAAGAUAUUCAGUCUUUGAAAAAGUGCCACCCCAUAUCCAACCAGAAAGGAGAAUGGGGCCAGAUGAAGAGCAGCACCUGGGCAGCAGCAUCUCUCAACCCAGAGAGCAUGCUUCUUUAUUUCAGACAGCCUUCCUUGACAGU